GGGAAGUAUAGGAGUUUAUACAUCAGAGGAUGUAUCGAAAACUUGCCCUUUUCUCGUUACCAUAAUUUGAAAUUGAAUGUUUGCUGCGGGAGAAACUGGUUGUCUAGAUCGAUGACCAUGCUACUAAUUUGUUUGCACUCAAUUUAUUUCCCUUCUCUACUCUCUCAGCUUCCAUGACUAAAACCCUCCUCCAAAAAACUGUUAUCUCCAUUUCCCAUUCUCCAUUAGCAGCACCCCAUGACCUCAUUUUCUCUCUCUUGAAGAAAUGCUUGAAAACACCCCAGCUGAAACAGAUGCACGCCAUCAUGGUCAAAAUUUCUCUUUCUCACGACUCUUUUGCAGUAAACCAAUUCGUCUCUGCCUGCUCGAGCACAGGCUCAAUGGACUAUGCUAUUUCAGUGUUUGCCCAUUUGCAAAAGCCCAACAUAUUCGUUUGGAACUCCAUGAUCAAAGGCUUUGUGCAUUGCCAUUCUUAUCAAGAGGCCAUUUCCAUGUACAAGAAGCUCUUGGUUUCCUCUGUUUCAGCAACCAGUUACACUUUCUCUUCUGUGAUCAAGGCUUGCACCCAAGUAUUUGGCUUGAGCUUAGGAAAAUCCAUUCAUGGCCAAGCUUUGAAAUGGGGUUUGAAUUCUCAGGUCUUUGUUGGAACUGCACUGAUCGAUUUGUACUCGAAUUGUAGUGAGGUUAUAAAUGCUCGUAAGGUGUUUGAUGAAAUGGAGGCUAGGGAUGCAGUCGCUUUUACCGCGAUGAUUUCAGGUCAUUGCAGGAUUGGUGAACUGGCAUUUGCUCAAGAACUCUUUGAUGCCAUGCCUGAGAAAAGCACAGCUUCAUGGAAUGCUUUGAUUGAUGGCUACUCAAAGGGUGGUGAUAUAGAAAAAGCAGCUUCACUCUUUGAUGAAAUGAGUCAUAAGGAUUUGGUUUCUUGGACCACCAUGAUCUCGAGCUUUUCAAAAAAUGGAAGGUUUAAAGAGGCUAUAGCUGUGUUCAAAACGAUGGAGGCCCAAACUGUGAGCCCUGAUGCAGUAACCAUGGCUACGGUGAUCUCAGCUUGUGCACACCUAGGGGGCCUUGAUUUUGGGAGAGAGAUACAUAACUAUGUUAGCCGAAAUGGUUUCAAUCUCGAUGUCUUUAUAGGAUCCUCUUUGAUCGAUAUGUAUGCAAAAUGUGGGAGCUUAGAGAGAUCCCUUCUGGUUUUCUACAAGCUCCUUGAGAAGAACCUCUUUUGUUGGAACUCAAUGGUCGAGGGGCUCGCCAUGCAUGGACAUGGCACGCAAGCCAUCAAGCUCUUCGAAAAGAUGGAAAGAUCAGGAGUUAAACCAAAUGGGGUGACCUUUGUUGGGGUUCUCAGUGCUUGUGCCCAUAUAGGCCUUGUCGAAAUAGGCCAAAGAUACUUCUAUGAGAUGACCCAUGAACAUGGCAUUAUGCCAUGGAUUGAGCACUAUGGCUGUAUGGUCGAUCUUUUAGGGCGAGCAGGUCACUUAGAGGAGGCAGUAAGGCUCAUGGAAAGCAUGGAAAUGGAGCCUAAUGCAGUGAUAUGGGGUGCUCUUUUAGGGGGUUGUAAGAUUCAUGGCAAUGUGGGUUUGGCUGAAAUUGCAGUCAAGAAUUUAUUAGAGUUAGAGCCUGGUAAUAGUGGGUAUUAUGUGUUAUUGGCAAAUAUUUAUGCAGAGGAGAAUAGGUGGGAUGAGGUUGCAAGAAUUAGGGUUUUGAUGCGAGAGAGAAGGGUUCAAAAGGCCCCUGGAUUUAGCUCAGUCGAGAUCGGGGGCAAGGUUCAUGAGUUUGUGGCUUGUGGUAUGUCUCAUCCUCAGUCUGAGGAGAUAUAUGGAAUGUUGGAUGAGAUGGUGGUGCACCUGAACCUUGCUGGCUAUGUACCCGAUGUUGGAUUCAUUUCAGAAAAGAUGGGUGUUGAUGAGAGAGAAGGGAUGUGUAGAAUGUAGUUGGGGAACUGGGUGGAGGAUGAAGAGAGAGAGAAGGGAUUGGUGAGAAGGGGGCCUCAGAAAUGGGGUGUUAAAGAGAGAGAGAUUCAUCAGAGAGAGAGGACUAGCUUGGGUGAGGCUAAUGGUUGGAUUCAAGAGUUUGUGGUUUAUGACAACUCCAAGUCCCAAUCUCAAGUGAUCCAUUGCCUGUUUGGGUGAGAGGGGCAAGAAUUCAUUCGAAGGGAAGAAAUGCAGCAGCUACAAUCAUAUCAUACAAUCCUUCUCUUGACCAGUGUCUGACCACCUAAUUAGGUGGCUUAGCCCUUAAAAAAAUAGUUUGGGGUCUCCUUUUUAUCAAAUUUUUUGAGACCAUAACAUUUUAAAAAAAAACAAGUGUCAAUGUUUUCAAACUAAUUAAAUUAUAGAUCGAUCAUCGAUCAAAUGGAUAGUUGGAGUAUGUAUUUGAAAGGGGACAUUUGAAGCAUCUAUAUAUCAUUUAAAAAAAUUAUAUGAAAUCAAUUAAAAUAAUAAUAAUAACACCACCUUUAAGGGGAUCAGCCAUGUCUUGAAGGUGAUUCUGCGAACCAACUAGUAUGCUCCCCAUUUACCCAUCACAACCAAGAUUACAAUACCUGUGAUAAUAGAUACCAUUCAUGGGUGGGUCUCACCAACACUGGAGGACAUCAGUUUGCAGUAGAAGGAAAGUCAAUUUUUCUAUGAUAUUGGUGUUGAUAAAAACCCACUAUAAUCAGCUCUAUCAUGCUGAUUUCUGUCAGAUGAAAGCAGCAUAGACUCAAACUGAACUGAGAGAGAGAGAGAGAGAGAGAGAGAGAGAGAAUGGAUUGAACUGAAAUAAUGAGAGAUAAUAGUAGGACCUUUUAGGAGUGCAUUCAGAGCCUUGGAGACUUCUGAAGAGGAUAGACAUUGCAUGUGGAAGGAGGUUCAGCAAGUGGCAUUAAGUGGUACAAAGAACUUUGGGAGACACCAUGGUGUUGAAAUCGGGAAGUAUAGACAGCCUGGUCUUGAUCACUGCCAUUCAGAGGGUUGAAUUGUGAUGAUCCUGAUUCUUUUUCUCUUGUUUGUCUGAUAUUUUCCACAUUGUUGCAUUAUCACAAUUGUACAUGUUGGAUGUUGCUUAUUGUAUGCACAAACGUUUCAGUCUGAACUACAUGAAAAUUUAUCUGG